UUAGAGCAUCUUGUUGUAGUAUCGAGAGUCAUAGCUGCAAACGCAGGAUUUAUACCAGGCAGAUAAUCAAUAUCUACAUCUCCUAUCAAUCUUCCAAUGAAAAUCAAGGUGAAAACACCCUCCAUUGUCAACAGGUUUCAUUAAUAUAGAUCGCUUUGAAGGUUUCGAUCUUGAUACUACCCAACUGAUAUUGAGAGACAUGGCCCUUUUUCAUGCUGUACCACUAGCACUCCGAAUGAAAAAGCCAGAGGUGUUCAGAAAUUAUAUUGAACCGUAUUGCAAUCGUUUUCGAGAAGGACAAGAUAUCAUGGAUCCCAUGAUAAGGGCUUCGGAAGCUGUACUGAAAGAAAACAAAGCAGUAGCUAGCUGGGCAUACAAAGUUAAUGAGAGUUUUUACAAACCAAGGUGUGCUUCCAGAGAACCCUUCGUUACACUCAUACAUACUGAUUUGUGGACUAACAACACUAUGCAGAAGUUUGUAGAUAGAAAACCCGUUGCUAACAAAUUCAUCGACUUUCAAGGUUUUUAUUACGGCUCCCCGGCAUCAGAUUUACUUUUCUUCCUUUGGUCUAGUGUACCCAAAGAAGUUCUGGAACUACAUUUCGAUGACCUGAUCAAGUAUUACUACGAUCAUUUCAUCAAGGCUGUGAAUGACCAUAGUUUCAUUGAUUCCCGACUCAACUUCCAGAAUUUCAUGAGAGAAAUAGAAAUUGAAUUUGAAUAUGAGUUUGGACACGCUCUAGUUUACUGCUUGACUGUAGUUAGUUCCAAGGCCGGUUCUAGGAAUAUGAAUGAACUUGGAACGCCAGAGGAUUAUCUGAAACGCAUUACGUUGAAGGAGAAAGAGAAUGCUUGGUUUAUUGUUCGGGAUUCUGAAAGAAGAGGGUGGCUGAAAAAGUAAAAUUCACUCGGAGCAGAACUAUAAAAUUCAGGAAAGAGAAUUGAAACUUUCUAUAUUUUUUACCACUUCUAUUCGUAUCUGAAGUUACUGCAGUUUCAUCCUAUAAGGAAAUUUUCAAACUUAUACAUUAAAACUUAUACAUUAUCUUAUACAUUAGCUUACUUAUACAUUAGCCCUUAUAUACCAUCCCUGUAGAUAAUGAUAGGGGUCCAUUCUCAAAUUUGAUCAAAUCCCAGCCAUAGGAUUCUGGUUCAAAUUGAUGGGAAUACGUUUCAAGGAGAGAAUGAUUUUUGGGAAAGGAAGGUUCUGGCUUUCUCCUCCAUCCUCGUACAAAAAAUAUGGGAAUCUUCCAAAGGAAGGAAGAAAGCAAAUGACUUCGUGGUGAAUUCUUCACAAAAA